CGCCGCCCACAUCCUCCCCACCUGUCGGAAUGGCCCUCAAAGCCACCGUCUCCGUCCCCGCCGCCGUCACACCGCUACCCGCAGUCCGCCGCCGCCUCCUCUCCUCCUCCUCCUCCAAGGCUCUCAGGAUUUCGGCAGCGAUGGCCACGGCGGUGCAGCCGGCGGUGGUGGUGGGCGGCGGCCGCGUGGGGCAGGCGCUGCUGGGCAUGGGCCCGCUCGGCGGGGAUGUGCUGGUGGGCCGCGGGGAGAAGGUGCCGGACGCCGCGCCCGCCGGGCCCAUACUGGUGUGCACCCGCAACGACGACCUCGACGGCGUGCUCGAGGCCACCCCGAAAUCUCGGUGGCGCGAUUUGGUCUUCUUCCAGAACGGAAUGCUGGAUCCGUGGCUCCAGAGCAAGGGGUUGGUGGAUGCGAACCAGGUCCUCGCGUACUUCGCCGUGUCCAAGCUUGGAGAGCCGCCCGUGGACGGGAUCACUGACACCAACCCGGAGGGGCUCACCGCUGCGUUUGGCAACUGGGCUCCGGCAGUGGCGGCUCGCCUGCAAAAUGGAGGACUUACCUGCAAGGUGCUUGAAAAGGAAGCCUUUCAGAAGCAAAUGCUAGAAAAGUUGAUAUGGAUUUCAGCUUUCAUGCUUGUUGGAGCUCGUCAUCCAGGGGCAACUGUUGGUGCCGUUGAAAAAGAAUACCGAUCCGAGGUAUCCAGCCUGAUAGCUGAAUUAGCAUCUGCUGCCGGUGCCGAGAGGGGGCUUUCAUUUGACGAAGGCAUAGAAGAGAGGCUUUGUGCCUACUCCAGAGCUGUGGCACACUUCCCGACCGCUGUGAAAGAGUUCAAGUGGAGGAAUGGUUGGUUCUACUCUCUCUCGGAAAAGGCCCUGGGGGAAGGAAAGCCAGAUCCAUGCCCACUCCACACAGCUUGGCUCAAGGAGAUUAAGGUCAUAUAGAGGAUUUGUAUGUGCCCGAGAUGCGGACCUUGGGUUAAACUUCUGCAGGAGUUUUAAGGUGUUUAACCGUUGAUGUUAUGUGAGCAAACUGCAUUUUCUUAUAUGUACGUGUGUUGAAAAUAACCUUGUGUAUGUGAAAUUGUAGUAAUUAGACAGGUUGUUGCAAA